GAAACUUCCGCCGGGCUUUCGCUAUUUCCAUCGCUCUCUCUCACAUUCUCAGAGAAUUUUGAUGGAAUGAUUUUUUUAUUUUCUUCGAUUCGUAAUUUCUCUUUCGUUCCUGGUAUCCUUUCACAAUUUAAGUUUGUUCUCUCUAUCUUUGUGUUCUGGAGAUUGGGUUCGUAUUGGUUGCCGCCUCGAAGAAGGUGUCCUUAGUUGAUUUGUCCGUGAUGUUUGUAUGUCUCUCUCUAGGGUUGCGAGCACGCCGGGCCUUGUUCUUAUUUCUACAGAUUUAGGCCAGAGCUCUAGGAUUGAAAGAGGAGAUCCCUAUCGAGAUCUGAGGAGAUUGUGGACGGGUGGUGUUUUUUUUUUCAAUGAUUUGAGCUUUUUGAUGAUUCAGGGAGGCUCAAUUUAGACCGUUAUUUCAUUGAUUUAUCGUUUAUAAUAAGUUGAGUUUGGAGGUUUUCUUGAACGGAUUUGUUCAUGAUGGAUCACAUUAUUGGCGAAAAGUUCACGCUGGGAAGAAAGAUUGGCAGUGGAUCUUUUGGCGAGAUAUACCGUGGUGUCAACAUACAGACAGGGGAAGAGGUUGCAAUCAAGUUGGAAUCUGUGAAGUCGAAGCAUCCUCAGCUACAAUAUGAGUCAAAACUAUAUAUGCUUCUCCAAGGAGGAACUGGAAUUCCCAACCUAAAAUGGUUCGGUGCUGAGGGGGACUACAAUGUCAUGGUUAUCGAUCUUCUUGGUCCAAGUCUAGAAGAUCUUUUUAACUAUUGCGAUCGAAAGUUCUCAAUGAAGACUGUACUUAUGCUUGCUGAUCAAUUGAUUAAUCGAAUCGAGUACAUGCAUUCAAGGGGCUUUCUUCACCGCGAUAUAAAGCCAGAUAAUUUUCUCGUGGGUUUGGAUCGUAAGGGGAAUCAGGUUUAUGCCAUCGAUUUUGGUCUUGCCAAGAAAUAUAGAGAUCUUCAAACUCAUAAGCACAUACCAUACCGGGAGAACAAGAAUCUCACUGGAACAGCACGGUAUGCUAGCGUGAAUACUCAUCUUGGUGUUGAACAAAGCAGAAGGGAUGAUCUAGAAUCUCUUGGUUAUGUGUUCAUGUAUUUUUUGAGGGGAAGUCUUCCAUGGCAGGGGUUGAAAGCCGGAACAAAGAAGCAAAAAUAUGAUAAGAUUAGUGAAAAGAAAAUGUUAACUCCAGUAGAGGUAUGCAAUGCUAAGCCCCAUUCAUUUUCAUGCAUAAUAUCUCAUUUUUUGAAAAUGCUGGGAGUAUUCCUAUCAAAUUUACGUAGCAUUACGGAGGUUGCCGGCCCAUCAAUGGUGAAGGCAGAAAGGUCAUCAGUUGGCCAAGAAAUUCAUGAUAGAUUCGCAGGUGCCGUGGAAGCAUUCGCUAGAAGAACUGGUUCAGCUGCUGCUCAUCAUGGUGAGCAUUCCAAGCACAAAACUCUAGAUGAUGCACCACUGCCAUCCAAACAAACUAUUCUCAACGGCGAAAGAACACGUGCAUCAUCCUCUAGGAAUGAUAGCAUAUCGAAGAGAGCUGUAGCUGCAGGCUCUCGACUUUCAUCCUCGGGCGAGCUCAGUGACCAACAACACAGCCGAACAAGCCGGCUUCUUUCAGGCGGCAGUAGCGGCAAUCGUCCCAUGCAACAGAGGCUUCACCAUUCUGGUGAAUCCAGAGCUUCAUCCCUUGCUCGAACUGCAGGUGGCCCAAAAGCUUCCCGUGGCGAUCCUCCUCAUAGAAGCUUUGAACUCCUCUCUCUCAGUGCUGAAAGGAAGAAGUAACAGUAGAACCUGCUUGAUGCGAAGAGGCAGCUGCAGCUGCUAUAUAAGAGUCCGUGCCAUUCUUUAGUUUUAUUUCUAAAUUUCUUUUGAAUUCUUAUCAUUUAUGCCUUGGUGUUCUGAUGAUCAACCAAAGGGAAAAAGAAUGAGAACAUUGACCGAUUCUUUUCAGCUGGUGAAUGUGCAACAUAUCAACAGCAGGGCGUCCCAUUUCAGCCGUUUUAAGGCUAUAUUUUUCUUUUAAUUCGUCAGAGGCCCAACGUUCCUUCUGAUUCCAAGCCAUCGAUAUUUUAUAGCAGCCCAGAAUGGAACACUAUUAUUGAAUUUUAUGAAGAAUUAGUCAUAAAUUUUAUGAGUCUGUAACAAAAUUUUGGUUUGAGCGAUUGUCUUACUGAACAAAGCAUGGCUAGCUCCUGUGACCAAAUCUCCUUCUGGGUUGAGACAGUUCUAUAGCUUGUUACUCUCUAUGAGUUAUGGGAUUCAGUGUUUGUUUAUAUAUAAAAUAUAAUGGUCUUAUGGGAAAAACUGAUAUGUAUUAUAAUUUAUUCAUUGGUAUGGUUAUGAUUAAUUUUAUGGA